UCUCCUCCCAAUCAGUUUUCCAGCCCAGCCGCCAGUUCCCCCAGCCCACCGGUGGCGGCGCACGACGAGCUCGGCGGCGCGGUGCGAGGCGGGCAGGGUGCGUGGGGAGCGCGGCCGGCGGGGCGCUUGCUGCGCUGAAACUAGAAGCGAACCGAAGCCACGCUUGGCCGCAGCAGCGGUCCAGAUCGGCAAGCUACAGUCCUCCGCGAUCGGCGAGCCGUUCCGGGGGAACCCUACCGGGGACCAUGGCCGCGGCGGAGGCACGGGCGCGGCAGGAGAAAGUGAAGAAGUUCGAGGAGUUCGUGGACCGGCGUCUGAAGCCCGACCUCGCCAACGCCAUCAAGCAGCGCGACAAGGUGUUUGAGCAGCAGAAGACCUUCUUGGAUUUGAAGAGGAACAUUGAAAAUUUGGAGAGGAAUGGCGUCACCAGCAUGCGGUCCAUGGUCAAUCUUGGCUCGGAGGUGUACAUGCAGGCAGAAGUACCGGAUACAAGGCACAUUUUUGUGGAUAUUGGUCUAGGUUUUCAUGUGGAAUUUACUUGGCAAGAAGCUUUACAGUUUAUAUCUGUAAGAGAGGCAAGGUUGGCUAGGCAAAUAGAUGAAUACACCCAUCUCAUUGCAAGCAUAAAAGCACAGAUCAAGCUGGUAUGUGAAGGUAUCCGUGAACUGCUGCAGCUACCACCGGAGACAGAGUUAUCACCUAGGAAUACAUGGUAGAAUUUGGUUCUCACGGCAAAGGGUGGUGCCAUCGACUUGUAAAAUGCUGUCAUUUUUGUAUGACAGCAACCUGGCUUAAAAAUCUGAUGACCUUAUGCAGUUGAAAUUAUUCAACCCUUGGAGUAAUCUGAAACCAGACCAUGAGGUUGCCGAUCA